AUGGCCGACAAACACGCCGCAUCCACUUCCACCAACUCCACCACCUCCGCUGCCUCCGUUCCUGACGCCACACAGGAGCCUGCCGACUCAAUAGAUACCGCUACUGUGGCAGCUUCCAACGGCAAUCACCCAGCGUCGACGACGCCCAAACCCCUCCGCGAUCCCUCGGCACCCUCCACGCCAUCAACAAAACGACUUCAACCAAAACGUACCACUUCUGCUACAAACUCGCCGGUCCCUUCAAGAGAGUCAUCGCCUGCCCGGCCGUCGCUCAAGUCUAAUCCUUCUGCCCGUUCAUCUGGUCCGGGGAGAUCGAGGAAGAACAGUAUUCACGACGUCAGCCCAUCGCGCUCCGCCAGCACGAGUACCAGCAAUCCCCUCUCGGCAGCUGCCCAGCAAAGAGCUCUGUCUGCUUCGACCGUCCCACUGCUACAUCCUGUUCCAUCAGAUCCGAAUAUUCAAGCCCCAAUACCCCAGAAGCCUUCCGUGGCGGCCGAGCUGAAGGAUACACCUCGCUGGCCGGUAUCCCCAAGACUACGGUCCCCUCCUCCGACCAACAAGCCGGCCGUGCUCUCACCGCGCAAGGCCGAACACGAUCUUCCUUCCAUCAAUGUUCAACGAUCAUUGCAACCCUCGGAACAGCACGAGGGCAAGCCGGCCGCGACGGCUGAUACCGAGGCUGACGACUCAUUACCUACAUCGGGUAUGAGAACGCCUGCAAGGGGAGUGGGUGGGAAUAGCUCCGCACUGGAGACCGUCCAGGAAAUCAGCCAACCUAGUACUCCGGUUCGAGGUCUUGAUGGGGCACCUGAAAAGGGGGGCAAUGGCGCGUCGAAAUUGGUGACUGAGCUGGAUCGCAAGGCAAGAGCAAGCAAUGAGAGCGGCAGUGAGAGUGGCGGGAAGAGCGAGAUGAGGACGAAAAAGACAGCGGCUCUUGCUCCGGUGUCACGCCCCACCGCUCCUACUAAGUCUCAUAGCACGACCGCAGCGAUCGGAAGAGGAAAGCCCCCAGGUGAGGGUUCUACGAGAAAUAUGACGGUAGAGACCGAAACCGUCAGCUCCAUACCCCAGGUUGCCGUCGGAGGUGUGGCUGGUGGGGUAGGGAAUAACGGCAGUCUUCGAGCUAAACCAAGCUCCGAGACAAUACGACCGAAGAGAGAAAAGAAGAAGACUGCGCGAAAGACUCCAUCUGUCACUUCUGGCACGGCUUCUUCAAAAGCAGACAUUUUCGAGGCCAAGGUUGCGAGUGCAGUUGACGAAGCCAAUUCUUCCGACUCCGAGGAAACCUUUGUCUACGAAUCCAACCCCCCUGACGCCAGUGAUCGACCUAGGCGGUUCCAUUCACGAACACCCAGUGCAACUUCAAUGGCGAGUCAAGCCGAUCAGAGGAAUGGUGUACGGUCUAUCAUGGAUGGCGGUCACAGCGUCGCGAUGAAGAAGAGCAUGAAAUUUGCGAAUUCAUACACCAGUAAUCCUCCGGAGACAGUAGCUGGUGAAGACGACGGGAAAGGCACCGGCCGAAGCGCUAUGGGUACAGGUAGGGGAACAGCGCAUCAUCAUCAUAUUGGCCGAUGGGGCCGAAACGGUGGCAAUGGCCACGCAUCUCUCUUUGAUAACGAAUCUCCUUUUCCAAAUGCGGCAAAAUCAAAAUUCAUAGGAGGCACUCCUAGACAUUCCUCACGGCCGACGAGCCCGCGCGUGUCGAACCGGUGGGCUGCGAACGGCAAGAAAUCAUCCCCUAUUGCAUACGACCUGGACGAUGGGGCGGACGAUGAGCGAACCCCACUCAUCUCGACGGUUCGUUCUUCGGGACGGUCCGGACGUCGUAGCAGACCGGUUACUUCAUCCAUGCGACAACUAGAGCAUCAAGCAUUGAGACACAAUCGUUCGUUUCUAUCCCGAUUUGCGGGAUGCCUAGUCUUGUCUCUUAUGAUCAUUCUUGUCAUUUCGGCGUCUAUCGGAUUCAUGUUUGCGACGACCCAGCCUCUGGCGGAGGUCAAGAUAUUAGCACUUAAGAACGUUCUCGCCAGCGAACAGGAUGUCAUCUUUGACAUGAAAGUGUCGGCGCAGAACCCAAAUGUGGCUGUUGUCACUAUCGACUCUACAGACCUGGUCAUCUUUGCAAAAUCCAAAUACGCCGGCACGGAUGCCGAAUGGUGGAAACGGCCUCAGGAUCAGGAUCUACUCCGACGAGGAAACAGGCGACGAGAUGAUGAUCCUCUCGAUCCACCUAUCGAUGAGGAUCCCGGUACAAAUCCUAACUUGGAAAUUGGACACGUCUAUGAACUGGAUAGUCCGCUGAUGUUUGAGGGUUCACUUUUCCAUCACUCUCGUUCUGAAUCCACAGGGCAAAUCCGCAUAACCAAUCCGGGAAAUCACACGGUACCAGCGGGCAGUGAGCGGUGGGGAAGAGUGUUACAACACGAGUUCGAUCUCAUUGUUCGCGGCACCCUGAAAUACACGCUUCCUUUUAGCCAAAAGCUCCGCAGCAUUAGUGUUGAAGGACGAGCUACGGUGAAACCGAAUGCCGCAGACCAGGACCCCGAUACUGUGCAUAUAAUAUAG